ACUUUGUUUAUCAACAAAAAAAAUCAGCUUUUGCUGCAGCAGAGAUUUUUUUUCAGGAACAUUUUUCGGCAAAAAUCCUAAAAAUGAGCAGCCAGGAGCGUCAAAUUUUACGCAAAAUGGAUUUCCCGGACAUGGCGCGGGAGGCACUACCGUUAAUCGAGAACCUGCUAAUCAACCGGAACAAGCACGACAACGCGAUGGACCUGAUUGCGGAGUUUGUGUUCCGCGAGCGCAAGGAGGACCACUCGCGCUCCCAAGCCCAAUUUCAGAAGCAUCCGGCGAUGCCUCGGCUUUCGUCAAUCGAGGAGUUCCAGCUGGUGCUGGUGCUGUGCGAGUAUUUCUCCCGGCCGGGACCGGACGCGACGCGGAAUGCGAUCUUCUUUUCGCUGUUUGGUGGGUCGAUUAGCCGGACCAGCGUGCUGAACAAGCUGAUCAGUACGGCGGUUUCGGGCUCGAUUGCUCCGCUGCUGUGCGCAGCCGGGACGUGGAUGCAACAGUUGGGUUGUACGUCGCCGCCGAGUCUCGAGCUGGCCCAGUGCAUCGUGAAGGACUUUGUGAUAUUUUCGAGUAAGUCUUCGGAACAGCUCAAGUCGCUGCCGAUGGUGGCGCCCCGGUUUGCGGCGAAUUUUAUGGCUGCCGUUACGGAUCUUUACUUGAACGGGGGUAAGGGUCAGUUGUUGGCUCCUCCGGAUUUGCUGCUGGACGUUAUAACCGAGUGGGUUUCGGAGAACCCUGCGCUCUGUUUGGCCUCGCAGCAACCGAUGGCACUUCCGGCGGGGGCAAUCGCAAUGCCCGUGCAAUGUCCGUUGGCUGGAUUGAUUCGGUGGUGCGUGCUGUCGCUGCUGACCAGUAGUAAGCAGGAAUUGUACAGCAAACUUCACCUGGCAGUGCUGCAGAGUCUACUGGAAGCGACCCCUCCGCUGACUGCCCCUCCCAGUGCACUGAACGCGCAACACCUCGGCCUGAUCAUCAACUGCCUACAGUCUGAAAUGGAGCAGAUUGUCAAGUCGGGCCGAUCGCUCAACGAAGAAUACAUUCACAACAGUUUAGAGCGGUUUGCCCAAGCCGUGCAGGUGGCCCUGACUUCCCGCUGCAUCUUUGGAAACAUUCCCCAGCUCGUGUGCCGACUCGAGACCCUCCCAAGCAAAAACAAACUUCUUCAAAUUGUCAUCAACGCCAACAAGACCGUGUAGCCGCCCCUGCCUUCGGUAGAAUUAGCUUUCGUAAGUACAAAACUCUCUUCUGUAAAGUAUACAUUAACAGUUUA